GUUUCUCCAUCUGAUUCCUCAAUCAUUCCUUCCAUUUCCAACGGAUUUUUGUUAAUUAUUUAACUCCUCUGGUUUUCUCUGCCCGUUUUAGGUCUACUUUCUUCUAACAUUCCACUUGAGCUGAAAUCCGUCUCUUGAUUUUGAUUUUGAUGCUAAAUGCCUUCGUCUACGGUCAACUCUUGUGAUCGCUUUAAAUGGAGCUGAGAAUCGAAUUGGGGUUUCUUUGAUUUUGUGUAGGAUGUUAAGUUUGGGGCGAAUUCCCACCGAGAAGAGAAAUGGGUUGCACUUCUUCUGUCUACGCAGUUGGAAGGAAGAAGAAACUGAGCAUCGCGGAGGUGGUUGUGUUUGUUCCAUCUAUGCGGAUUCCAGUGCAAUCGGAUCUUCAGAGACCUCUUAGAGGGCUAAUUCCCAAAGAUCUCACUGAUAGACUGUCUUCGCUUCGUAAUCAGAUUGUGUUGGUGGCGGAGGAUACAGGUGGAUCUGCAAUAACAGAAUUGCGGCGAGCUCUGGAGGAGUAUCUAUCUGUUUUAAUUGGUCUAACGAAGAAAGAAACCAUAGAUGAUGGAUUAAUAGAGUUCAAAUGGAGAAAUUUAGAAACUGGACGACAAGAAAUCUGUGUAGCAAACUUCUGGUUUGAAUUGCUCUCUGUUGUUCACUUCAUGGCUAUGCUGACUCUAUCAGAAGCUGAUUCCUUGAUGAUUCCCAAGGAUCACUCUGGUUCCGGUUUGAGAGUAGUGUCUUCAGAUUGCAAGAGGGAUGCCAUUGACUUGCUUCUUAAAGCAUCGGGGUAUCUUGAUUUCUGCAUCCGGGAUAUUCUGGUCUGCAUUCCAUUGGAUAUUAAGAAGCGAUUGCCUAAAGACUUUCAACCUGGUGUGCUUGAAGCCAUUUCAAUUCAAACUUUGGGUCAGGGAACUGAAAUCCAACUUGGUUUAGCUGUUGAAAGUCAAAAUGCCACUUUAUCUGUCAAAAGGAGACUAGCUUGUGAGCAGUUGAUCUAUUUCAGCCAGGCUUACCAGUGCUUAUCGGAAUGCGACACCAACCGAGGAUAUGGAAAGAAGCACAUGUCAUUCAUCAAAUGGAAAUUUCUUGAAUCCAAGGCAGCGGCUUACUACUACCACGGUCUGAUCCUCGACAAGGGUUCAGAACCCUCGUGUCAUGUCAGUGCAGUGUGCUGUUUUCUUGCUGCAGAAGAGCUUCUGCUUGAAAGCAAGAAGGCUUGCUUGAGUUUCUGCCUUGCAUCUCCUGUCACCAGGUCUCCUCCACUGUGGGGUGCUAUGAAGCAUUUACAUCAGAAAAUCCCAGAGGUUGCUUCUAGGAAGUCCCAGAUGUAUGUAUACCUCUUUGAACAAGAAAAGGCCCUCAAAACAUUACCUGAAUUACCAGAAUUUCAACUGUCAUUAAGACCCGAAGAAUAUCAACUGCCUGAAGUUGAUCCAGGUUGGAGCUCUGAAAAUUGGGAAGUCCACAGCCAGACCUUAAAGGAACACCUCGUUGAUAGUGAAGAUGAGACUCUGUCUGAAUGACUUCUUUCAAUCGGAACACCUCGUUGAUAGUGAAGAUGAGACUUUGUCUGGAUGACUUCUUUCAAUCUUUUCUGCUAAACUUUAUUCUUUUUCUCUGUAAGCUAAUAUAUAUCAAUAUCACUGAUUUUGGGCAUAAAAAGAAAUUAAAGCAAAAAAAAAAAAAACCACUAUGGAAUAACGUUAUGUCAGGAUCUCAAAUACACUAAACGAAACAAGAACACUAUAUUGCAAUAUC